UUUUUCACAACACGAAGUUUUUGUUAUUGUGCAAGAACAUGGGGUAUCUAAGCAUGAAAUGUUUACCAGUUUGGUUGUUUUUGUUGGCAACAACAAGUUUGGUCGAAAAAGGCAAAGGGGAAACUUGUAGUUUCACCUUCUUCUCUUCCCUUGCUAGGUUGAUGCCUUGUAGGCCAUCGGUCGCUCCAUUCCGGCCCAUCCCGCCGACCGUGGCCUGUUGCAAUGCAGUCAAAACUCUUGGCCAGCCUUGCUUGUGUGUGCUUGUCAAUGGCCCCCCUAUUACCGGCGUUGAUCGUGAGUUGGCCAUGCUGUUGCCGCAGAAGUGCACUGCCGAUUUUGAUCCAUGCGAAAUGUCAUGAAAUAAAGACCUUUUGAGUUUCAAUAAUAAGGUGAAAUGUGCAGGGAAUGAGAUCCGUUAAGCAUUAAUGUCUAUGGUGGUACUCCUAUAUGUUGUAUUUUUCUUCAUACAUUCGAGUAUUUAAAGUGUGUACUUCUUUUUUGGGAUAAAUGAAAUAUCUAUAACAAUGUCAAUUUUAUA